UUUGGGAACUGAGGAACACAGCUGUGUGGAGCCCUGCAGCUGAGAGAGAACACAGUUGAUUUAAAACUUUUAAAAAAACAGGAGAAGAGGACGAAUAAAAGCUGCAGGACGGAGCUGGAUAUGGAUGGUGUCGUUGGAUCGCCGCAGCCUGCAGCUGGGACGCGCUGUGCGUCUGAGCCGCGACGUUUCACAUCAUGAUACGUGAUCAAAACUGCACCUGACCGCGAAUGUAACAGUACCUGAGGCCAAUCCACACGGAUCUACUAUGUCCUCAGCACAGAGCAGGAAGUCGACUCUGCUCCAGUUCCUGACCUUCGUCCUGCUGCUGGUGGCUCCGGGCUGCCUGUCGUCCCCACAGAGGGCCUCUUGGGUUUCUGCGUGGGGUCCCUCCGGUGAGGCUUCAUCGGGGCGUCCGACUCGUGCACGACGACAGCUGCACUUCAGAAACGAGUGGGCGACGUGGGGCGGCUGGUCGGUUUGUUCACGCAGCUGCGGGAGCGGAGCUUCAGUCCGGACUCGAACCUGCAUCACCAGGAACCCCAUUGGUGGACCAUGUGCAGGAGAUCCCAGACAAUACAAGAUCUGCAACACCAAGGAGUGUCCCUCUGGCUCAGAGGACUUCAGAGACAUGCAGUGUGCUGCCUUCAACGACCGACCGCUGGUGGCUGGAAACUCCUUCAGAUGGACGACCUUUCAUGGAGGCUCUAACCCCUGUGAACUCAGCUGCCUCGCUCUGGGUCACAACUUCUACUACAACUUUGGCCGAGUGCUCGACGGAACGGCCUGCAGCAAAGAGCCGGGAGCAGUUUGUGUCAACGGGCGCUGUCUGGAACCCGGCUGUGACUCCAUCUUGGGCUCCAAGCAGCAGGAGGACGCCUGCAUGGUGUGUGGAGGACACAACAGCACCUGCCUGCACCACAAGAGUGUGUACCAGAGCAACGGUCUGGAGGCAGGAGGGCCGUUCGGAUACAACGAAGUGGCCAUGAUACCAGCUGGAGCCACUCACAUCCGAGUCACCGACAACAGCAGGAACUAUCUCGCCCUGCAGAACGGCAGAUCCCAGUUUGUCAUCAAUGGCAACUGGAAGAUCAGCGUCCCUGGAGAGUAUAACGUCGCCGGGACCAAGCUGCUGUACCGGCGCUCAGCAGACACCUGGGAGAGUUUCGAGGUGCCGGGACCCACCAAGGAAGACCUUCACCUGAUGGUUCUAUCGACAGACAGGAACCCGGGGAUCGAGUACGAGUACUGGCUGCCUCCGGACCAGUAUGCCCUCUACCACGGGAGGAGGAGUCCGCUGCGUCAGGCUCACCACACAGCCAGCUACCUCCCCUGGGACCAGCCCACCACCACAACCAGCACCACCACCACCACCACCCGGCCUCCUCCAAGCACCACCCGACCCUACUGGUUUUUAAGACCUGCGAAGCCGCCGCGACAAACUCCUCACGACAACCACCACCAGCGUCCUCAGCAGCCCAUCCUGCCUCGUCUGGAGCGAGAGGAGAACCACAGGAACCUCCUGCCUCAGCCCUCACCUGGAAGGCAUUGUGGGAAAUGCCAUCGAGCUAAAGGUCGAAGGGAGCGCCAGAGACAGUAUUGUCAGAAGGACUUUGUUUUCCGAGCCAGAGUCCUGGGGAAGCUGUACCGAGGCGAGGAGACCCGCUACGACGUCCAGAUCAUCCACACCUACCGGAACCGCUUCCGCCUGGAGCACCGGGAGUUCCUGUGGGUCCCCAACACGUGCGACUGCCCUCAGCUGGUGGUGGGGAGGCAGUACAUCCUGAUGGUGCGUCGCCACAUUAACUACGAGCGCACGCUGAACCGCAUCCUGCUGGAGGAGGACAGCUACGUGGUGCCGUACCGACCCAGAGAGGACGAGCAGGUGCGGCCGCUCGAAAGGCUCUGCAGCAACACGGGACCCAAGCAGCCGGCCGAGCUCAGAGGAUGAGGCGGGACAAUGUGGAGGACGAAGCUCAAACUGAAGCUUUACUCACGUUUAAUCUUCCAUUUCUGGAUCUUCAAAGGUUCACCAGACUGCUUGUUGUCGGUGCGAUGAUGAGAGAUGAAGCUGGAAAACCAAACAAGACUGGACGUUUAUUUAAAAGCCUUACUGUACCAUGUAGAGCACUUUAGGUGGACGCUUGUGCCCACCUUUAAACACAAACCAAAGAGAAGAACAUUGACUGAAAUGGCCUUUUUGCUAACGCUGUUUUUCCACAGCUACCAUUUAUUUUUUUUAUAUUGCAUUUGUGUGUGCGUUUGUGUGUGUUUGUAAACGUAAAGGAAAAAUUCCACUCGACAGAAUUAUUUCAGAUUGAACGAAUGUUGCACCUC